AUUCACAUAUAUACAUAUGUGCAUAUGCAUAUGCAUAUACACAUGGUUAAAAAAAUAGAGAGCAUACAAAACAUAUUGAAGAUAUGCUUCCAGUUAAUAGUUAGAACAUAAAUGGUAACUUUCUUGUGCUUAAAGCAUGGAAGAUUGCAACAUCUGCCAAGAUGAAGAAAUCAUAUUAAAUCAUUUAACACAGCACACUUGUUCUUUUACCCACAUCUCCCCACCUCCCAUAACCUCUGUCAUCGAUUAGGUAAUAAUUUCAGUUGAGGCAAGCUUAAAUCAGUUUGCAAGGCACCCAAAUGCUAUAUAAGUAGACAGCACAUUUUAAAGCUAGCUAUCCCUUGGCUUGGAAGCAGAAAAACAAGAGUCAGGAUGAGAAGCAUCUGGCUUGUCCUCUUUGGUGGGGCAAUAGUUUUUGCUUUGCCUGUAAAACACGAAAAAGAAAAAAUGGUGCUUAUGCAGAAGUACCUAGAAAAAUAUUACAACUUUACAUCAAAUGGACAACAAGUCUUUAGAAGCAGAAUCAGCAACCCCAUGGCAAAAAAGAUCAGAGAAAUGCAAACAUUUAUUGGAUUAGAGGUGACAGGUGAUAUAGACUCCAAUACACUGCAGGCAAUCCAAAAACCCAGAUGUGGAAACCCAGAUGUGGGCCAAUUUGCCUUCUUUGCAGGUCAGCCUAAGUGGCAGAAGAAACAUCUAACCUACAGGAUACUGAACUAUACACCAGAUAUGGAAAUAGGCAUUGUUGACAAAAUCAUUGAGAAAGCUUUUAAAGUUUGGAGCCAAGUUACGCCUUUGACAUUCAAGAAAGUUCCAAAUGGCAAUGCUGACAUAUUUAUCUCUUUUCAUUCUGGAGUUCAUGGAGAUUUUUAUCCUUUUGAUGGACCUGGUGGAAUACUUGCCCAUGCCUACGCUCCUGGUCUUGGCAUUGGAGGAGAUGCCCAUUUUGAUGAAGAUGAAUUCUGGAGCAAUGGUGUAGAAGGUACCAACUUAUUCUAUACUGCUGUUCAUGAAUUUGGCCAUUCCCUCGGACUCUUCCAUUCUCAGGAUCCUAAUGCUGUGAUGUACCCAGUCUAUAAGAAGCCUGAGGCAAAUCAACAGAUUCUAUCUCAGGAUGAUAUUAAAGGCAUCCAGUAUCUCUAUGGAGCAUCAUCAAAUCCACCUCAAGACCCAGUGGAAAAGGAUGAACCAAGUAAACCCAACAGCCCAGGCAAACCAGUAUUACUAUCUGCUUGCAAUCCUGGCUUGACAUUUGAUGGUGUGACCACUUUUCGGGGAGAAAUAAUGUUUUUCUGGAAUAAAUAUUUUUGGCGAAAACUUCCCCAGUACAGACAGAUUGAUUUGAAUCUGGUUUCUGAAUUUUGGUCAUUUCUACCAUCUGGAGUUGAUGCUGUUUCUGAAAAUAAUGAGAAAGAUGAGACAUUUUUUUUUAAAGGCAACCAAUUCUGGGUCGUGAAAGGAGAUUAUGUACUUCCUGGGUACCCCAAGCCCAUUCACAGUCUGGGCUUUCCAAAAGAUGUCACAAAACUUGAUGCUGCAGUUUUCAGUGCAAAUGAAAAGAAGACAUAUUAUUUUUCUUCAGACAGAUACUGGAGUUAUGAUGAAAACAGCCAGACCAUGAACAGGAAACCCCAAAGGAUCCAAGAUGGCUUCCCAGGUAUCACAGGCAAGGUUGAUGCUGUCUUCCACUACAAUGAUGUAUUGUAUUUCUUUAAGGGAACACAUCAAUAUGAAUUUGAUCCUAACACCAGAAGAGUUACUCGGAUCCUGAAGGCCAACAGCUGGUUUUCAUGCUGAGAAGAUAAAGAAAAAAACUAUUGAAACAUAACUGGCUACUUUACAUUGACUGUAAUCUAGCAUUGUAUGUGAGAGAGAGGGGGGAGGAGAGAAAAUAUAAUGUAAUGUAAUGCAAUGUAAUGUAAUGUAAUGUAAUGUAAUAUAAUAUAGUAAUAUAAUAUAAGUACAAUAUAUGUGGCAUUCUAUUGAUAGGAAUUAUUAAAUCAGUAGUGCUAUAUAUAUAAUUGCUGCAAGAUUAUUAUAUGCACAAAAAGGGAAAGAUUAAAAUCCUGCAACAGAGGAAUGAAUGGUGAAGAUGGCAGAAUUAACAGAGAUGACAAAAUUGAUGAAUGUUAUUGUAUUGUUUGUUUGUUAAGUUAUGUUGUGUUUUUAUUGUAAACUGCCCGGAGUCCUGUGGGAGUGGGGCGAUCUAUAAAUUUUAAUAAAUAAAUAAAUAAAUAAAUAAAAUUUUUCUGAUUAGAGAAAGAUAAAAACCACAUUUAUUAGUAACAGGAAAUCCCUCAUGGACUUUUUCUGAAAAAAAAUUGUGAUUUAUGGUUUAGAGGAUCAGAAAGAGUAGAUUUUGGAAAGAAGGAAAUUAUGUUGUUCAGAGAGAGAGGGGGGGGGAGAGGUGGUAAAAUAUAAUUGCUACUAAUAAUUGCUAUUUCCAGAAACUGCAUCUUAUAACUUUUACUUUCCUUCCUUUUUCUUCUCUACUUCUUUCUUUGAACCUUUUCACUUACUAUUUUUCUUUCCUUUUUUUCUUUUAAAAUUUGUAUUGUUCUUAUUUCCUUAAUUUUUUAAAAAAUAAAAAUUAUAUAUAUAUAAAGAACUCAGCCAUCCUGUCAUCAAUUCAUCUUAUAUAAGGAUGAUAAAACAACUGUGCUGAAAGACCAGGUUCUGCUAAAUUGUCCUGCCAAAUUUUUAAAUGGAAGCCUACAUGCAGUUCAGACAGGGGAUUGCAAUAAAAAAGUCACAGUAGUGGAUGCCACUGUAUGAUUUGGGAUGACAACUAUCAUUUUAUUACAAGUAAAAUAA